UUGCAGAGAGGAAAGUACAGAUGCAGGCUCAGAGAAUGAAGCCCAAAGAGCCAUGGAAGAAGCAGCCAGAAGAAAGGCAGAAAAGGUGGCCCAGGAGAUAGCGGAGUUUGAGGAGCAGAGGAAGGAGGAGAGAGAGAAGGAACAGCAGGAGAUCCAGGCUCUCAGAGAGAAAAGAGAACAACGUAGAAGAGAGAGAGAAGAGGAGGAAAAAAGACUGGCUGAGAUGAGGAUACAAGAAGAGGCCAGGAGGAAGGCCGAGGAGGAGGAGAAAAAGAAGAAGAAGCUAGAAGAAGAACAGAAGAGAAAAGAGGAACGCGAGAGGAAACGCCGGGAACAGGAAAUCCUGAUAAAGAACAUGCGUAAACCUAACUUUGUCAUCACUAAACACGCUGAUGGAGAGCAUCAGGGAGAGGAAAAUGAGGAGGGGGAGGUACAGAAAUCUAAGGAGCAGCUGGAAGCUGAGAAGAGGGCGUUCCUGACCCAGAAGGUCAAGCCCCUCCCAGACCUCUCUGGACUGGACGUGGAAAAACUGGCAGAACAAGCCAAGGAGCUUCACAAGGAAAUCUUCCGCCUCAUGAACGAAAAGUAUGACGUGGAGGAGAAAUUCAAGAGACAGCAGUAUGACAUGAUUGAACUUGCAGAGAGAGCACGGCAAAUGAGCAAAGGAAAAGGAAGAAAAGGAAUAUCAUCUGCACAGGUUGAUGAAUCCUUUGACAGAUUAGCAGACAAAUUUACCGGUGCCCCACCCAAGAUCCAGUUGUGCAGCAAGUAUGAGCGUCACACAGACCAUCGGUCCUACGGACAACGAUUACAAUUAUUUGAAGAAAUCAGUAAACCCAUCGAACCUUUUGUCCCCGGCCAACAUAAAAAAGAGGAUGAAGAAGGAGGAGAAGGGGAGGAAGACGCCGGGCAGGAGGAGGGAGGGGAAGAGUAGCUCAUAACCCCCCCAUGUAUCCCGUUAGCCUAGGUAUCAACAGAUUAAGCGAUUAUUUAAAAGAAGCAUUUUAGAUGGAAGAAGAGACAUCUCCAUGACAACAUUUCAGCUUAGAACGUUUUGGCAACCAUAGGAAGAAAUAGCUAUUGAUAAUUUAACUUGAUGAUGAAUAGCUGCCUUAAUUCGUUUUUAAUCUCUUCAUGUCCUAGGCUUUCAUUCUUAGCUUUGUAAAUUUCGUUUUAUUUAUAAAAAUAUUACUUUGCAUGAUUGUUUCAAAGGAUUUCUUUCAUUUAUAUUUAGAAAUCCUUUCAAAUGAUGGUAAAAGACAUAAAUAGUCUUGAUAUCGACCAUUUCCCAGAAAAUAGAAUUGUUUUUCUUUGGGAGGAAUUGUCUUUGUGGUUGGAGAUGUCAUCAAUAAUAAAUAUUGUAAACAGUCACCAUGGUGACAGAGACUGGGGUAAAAGGAGCAUUAUACUGAGAUUUUCUUCCACUGAAAACAGUUCAGGCAAUAGAUAUACUAUUGCUUACGUAUAUAUCCAAGACUAUGUGUGAUACGAUAGUCCUAUAGACGAAGUAAAUAAAGUUGGCCAAAUCCUA